GAGAUGAAGUCGCUAUCGAUAUUACCGUUAGUCCUGGGGCUGCUCUGUUGCUCCAUUUUGGCCAGCGAGAGCAGUUUGAUGGGUAAGGAAUCCUGGUUGCGUCCUGGCUGUCAUAAGGUGGGAAAUACGCGUAAGAUCUCAAUACCGAAUUGUGUGGAGUUUACAAUUACGACCAAUGCCUGUCGUGGUUUCUGUGAAUCGUAUGCGGUGCCAUCGGUGCCAACCGCAAUAUCGGGACUCUUUCGACCACCCAAGCCGGUGGUGUCGGUGGGUCAGUGCUGCAAUAUGAUGAAAUCCGAGGAGAUUCAACGUCGCGUUCUUUGCAUCGAGGGUCUUCGCAAUGUGACCUUUAGGAGCGCCCUCUCCUGCAGUUGCUAUCACUGCAAAAAGGAUUAGAACUAUUCGAUUAAUUAAACGAUAUAAUAAAUAAUACAAGUUGUUUGCCUGAGCCACUUUAAUAAUUAUCAUCCACUAGGAUUCAUAUAAAUAAAAAUCUGUAUAUUAAAAUCAA